AUGUCAGUCUGGGACGCCUUCACGGGCAAGAGGAAGCAGACCUCUGAACCCCAUCAUGCAGAGCCCGCACCUUCAGCAGGAGGUUUUGCGCCAGCACCUUUCAAUCCUACCAGCGCAACCGAUGUAUCAUCAUUUCUCGGAACCGCUUCUCUCCCCGACGCAUCGAAACUCCAUCCCCUUGCCGGCUUGAAUCAACAGACGCUAGAAUAUCUUUCGCUCGACGAGUCACAAUUAUCAGAUCUUCCCGGAUCCCGAUCAAUAUUACCCUCGCGCGGGUGGUCGGAUGAUUUAUGUUAUGGAACAGGAGUGGUAUAUCUCACGGCUCUGACAACUGGUGGCAUAUGGGGCUUGAUAGAAGGAUUGAAUCGAACCCCUGCGUCCGCACCUCCCAAGUUACGGUUGAACAGCGUUUUGAACAGCAUUACCAGACGAGGGCCUUUCCUCGGAAACUCGGCCGGUGUCAUCGCUAUGGUGUACAACGGAAUUAAUUCAACUAUUGGAUACUACCGAGGAAAGCAUGAUGCCGCAAACAGCAUCGUGGCGGGCGCUAUGAGCGGCAUGAUCUUCAAAAGCACACGAGGGCUCAAGCCAAUGUUGAUCUCGGGUAGUAUUGUUGCCUCUAUGGCAGGAGCAUGGGCGUUGACACGCAAAGUCCUUUUCGAACCUCAUGAAGAGCCCGCAAAAGCUAAUCUUUAA